GAGGAACUGAAGGGAAUAAACGUUCUGCCAGUUUGCAGCUUGGGGAAGUUUUGCUGAUCAAAAACUCUUGAAAAUUUGUUUUAUUGGAACUAUGAAGCUUGAUGGGACGGUGCUUUUCGCAACAGACACUGAACAUUUUAACUCAACACUGAGACCACGACAAACAAAUCCUACAGAUGCAUCCAUGUCAGCAUCCGCCUCUUCAGUGCCUCAGGCUGAUGGAGGUGGAAGUCAGUGUUUUAUCUGUGCAGACAGGGCCACAGGUAAACACUACGGUGCAUCCAGCUGUGAUGGCUGCAAGGGCUUCUUCAGGAGGAGCAUUCGCAACAACCACACGUACAACUGUAGGUUCAACAGGCAAUGUGUUGUGGACAAAGACAAACGAAACCAGUGUCGUUACUGCCGACUGCGAAAAUGUUUCAGGGCUGGGAUGAGAAAAGAAGCUGUUCAGAAUGAACGGGACUGCAUCAUCACUCCCAGAGCAAACGGACAAACAGCAAGAACUCUGUCCAUCAGUGUGCUGCUGCAGGCUGAGGCCAGUGUGCAACAGUUCCCGGUGCUGCCCUCACCUCAGAGUCAUGAUAUCAGCACCAAGAAGGCGGCCUGUGUGGGAGACGUGUUUGAGUCAAUGAAGCAGCAACUCCUCCUGCUGGUGGAAUGGGCCAAACACAUCCCAGAGUUCUGCAGCCUUCAGAUUGAUGACAGGGUGACCCUGCUGCGAACCCAUUCUGCAGAGCAUCUGAUUCUAGGUGCAGCAAGACGCUCACUGCCUUACAAUAAUGUCAUUCUUCUAGGCAAUGACUUUGUGAUCCCUCUGAGAGGGCCAGAGCUGGAGGUGUCUCGAGUGUCUCUUAGGAUCCAAGAGGAGCUGGUGAAGCCUCUCAGGGAACUGGACAUCACAAACAAGGAGUUUGCUUGCCUCAGAGCCAUCGUUUUCUUUGCCCCAGCAGACUGUCCGGGGCUCCAGAACCCUCAGGUGGUUCGACAUUUGCGUCUCCAGGCCCACGUUCUGCUCGAAGAGUCAACCUGUGAGCAGCGAGGGAGGUUUGGGGAACUUCUCCUCAUCCUCCCUCCCCUGCAGAGUAUUGCCUGGCAGAUGGUGGAGACGCUCCACUUGGCGCAGCUGCUGGGUGAAGCCAGGAUGGACAGCCUUCUGCAGGAGAUGCUGUUGGGGGAGGAAACCAAAACAGAACCAUGCACAGACGACGACCUUACUCAAGACUAUGAAAAUAAGUAAAGAGCUUCUCCUCCUAACGUCAGCUCUGUACUCAACCCCAUUUCAAC